CAGAGAGAGAGAGGGAUCCUGGGUUUCAAGUCCCUGCUCCAUGCUCCACCCCUGGUGUUCCUGUUUUCCAGGUCUUUGUCCCCGGAACUUGCACUCACUCCUGGGUGUCCACUAGGGUUUUCUGCUCGCAUCUGGAUCCCAGUACGACCAACACACAGUCCAGAGUGCUGUCCUACAGAAACCACGGCCUCCCCAAGUCUGGAAAGAAAGCAAGAAAAGAAAGGAAGAAAGAAGAAAAAACACCUUCCCGGCAACUUUCCCACCGUCUCCUCUCCUCCCGUGCUGGUUUACACUUUCGUCGAAGCAGCAGUGUGACUCUGAGAUUCUUGCCUGCAGUCAAAAACUUUUUUUUACAUGUUUUAAAACAGUUGCUUUGUCGCUUUUUCGUGCUUUUUCCAUCGAGUCUGGAACUCGACAUUUAUCACACACACCCGUGCUUGUAAGCGGACGACGUUUGGGCAGAGUUUGAGGUUAUUUUCGGUGUUUUUUUCCUGCCGGAGAGUAGUUUCAGAGGUGGCCCGAGAGCUGCUGCUGUGAAUGAAGUAUCUGUUGAGCUGAAGAAGUCUCCAUGAGGAAACUCAGCGUGGGAGUCGCUCAAACUUUGUCCUAACUUACACAAACCUGAGCGAUAAUAUAUACAUAUCAAAUCAUUUUUUAAAUACUUUCCCCCCCCCGUGCUGGUAACUGUAGCUGUUUUGUGCUGACACAAAAUGAAGACGCUGUUGGUGUUGUGUGUGGUUUGCACGCUGGUUGUGUUGUCGCUGGCUGCGGAGCAAAAGUUGAAAAACUGCAACGACGUCCGCGCGGCUUACAGCUCCAAAGGCUUUAACGUCAACGACGUGCCCAACAAAGGAGUCAACGGAGCCCCCUUGAAAGUGUGUCCGCAGGGUUUCUCCUGCUGCACGGUGGAGAUGGAGGAGAAGCUGAGCCAGCAGAGCCACACGGAGAUCAAAGCUCCCGUCUCCAGGCUUAGCACCAACCUACAAUCCACCUUCAGACAGCGGCACGACCACUUUGACAAGUUUUUCCGUGAGCUGUUAAAAAAUGCAGAGGUCUCGCUGCACAACAUGUUCGUGCGAACGUACGGGAUGAUGUACGUGCAGAACGCAGAACUGUUCAAGAACUUCUUCGAGGCCCUGACUCGGUACUACGUGUCCGGCAGUGCUGCCGUCAACCUGGACUCCAUGCUGUCGGACUUCUGGGCCGACCUCCUGGAGAGGAUGUUCCGGCUGGUCAACGUGCAGUACGAGUUCAGCGAUGCCUACAUGGAGUGCGUCAGCCGCCACACGGAGCAGUUGCAGCCCUUCGGCGAUGUGCCUCGCAAGCUCCGCAUCCAGCUGACACGGGCCUUCGUUGCCGCACGAACCUUUGUGCGCGGCCUGACGCUCAUGCCAGAUGUGGUCAAUAAAGUUUCUACGGUCAGCGCGUCUCCCAGCUGUGUGCGAGCGGCCAUGAAGAUGUUGUACUGUCCCUACUGCUCGGGCCAAGUGGCCCUGAAACCCUGCCAGAAUUACUGCCUCAAUGUGCUGCGCGGGUGUUUGGCCAACCAGGCCGACUUGGACACCGAGUGGAACAACUUCCUUGACGCCAUGCUUAGUCUGGCCGAGAGGCUUGAAGGUCCCUUUAAUUUCGAGUCCGUCAUGGAUCCAAUCGACGUGAAGAUUUCAGAGGCCAUCAUGAACAUGCAGGAGAACAGCAUGCAAGUGUCACAGAAAGUUUUCCAAGGAUGUGGGCAGCCGAAACUGAGCAUGGCCUUCCGUUCCAAACGCUCCAUCAAAGACACCGGCUUUAACGGCCGCUUCCGCCCUUACAGUCCUGACGCUAGGCCCACUACCGCUGCGGGGACAAGUUUAGAUCGAUUGACGAGUGAUGUGAAGAAGAAGUUGAAACAUGCAAAGAAGUUCUGGUCCACAUUGCCAGAGACAGUGUGUGCCGGUGAGAGGAUUGCACCUGGGGACGAGUGCUGGAAUGGAACUGCAAAGAGCAGGUACGAGUCAGUUGUCAUUGGCAACGGACUGGCCAAUCAGGUAUCAAACCCUGACGUGGACGUGGACAUAACAAAGCCGGACAUUGUGAUUCGCAGUCAGAUCGCAGUUUUGAAGGAAAUGACGAGUUGGCUCAAAGCUGCACACAGCGGCAACGACAUCUCCGUGGAUAACGGUGAGGAUGAUGAGGACGGCAGUGGAGGGGAGGAGAGCGGCAGCGGUUGCGACUCUCCGUCCUGCGUCACAGACCAGGACAUUUACUUCUCCACUCCACCGAACCCUGGCAAACCCAGGGUUAAUCAAGUGGUGGUGGGCACAGAAACAAUGAAUAAGGGGAUCGCCUCACAGGGAAGCAUGGCGCUGGCGCUCUGCGGGCUGGCCCUGGCCCUGCUGGCUCCUCAUUUGAGAUAAAACUUGGCUGGGCAGGAAGAGGAAGAGAACGACCAGGAAUGACGGAGCGAAGGGGGAAACUGUCAGAGAGACUUUAAAAAAAGACUGCCUUCAGGACCUUGGACUGUCCGCCAUUGGGAGGGGGGGGGGGACUCUUCUUAAUAUUACAAUAACUUCACUUUUAAUUAUUUGUUUGUAUGUUUUUAAGGACAUCAGUGUACAGCAAUAUGAUUUACUUCCCUAGAAAUCCCCCUUUUUCCCACCAGAUAAACCUUUACUCCUCAUGGCUCUGUUGGAGCUACACUAUGGUUCUGCUUGCAGCAUUACAAACAUCAUAUAAUUGUCUUGUUUUGGCAAUUUAAUCUCAUAAUACAUUUUUGUGCCUUCUUCAGUGAUUGCCAUCUGAUAUCUAAAUUGUAAGCGAGAUGUUUGGUUGAACGUGGAGUGCCUGUGUUGGGACACAUCAUAUUUCUGAGGAUGUUCAGAGAUCAGCAAAUCAUGUCACGUUAUGAAUGUUAACAAUUCAUAACAGCCAUUUGAAUGUGCACACUGUGAAUGUUUUAGUCUGUGCAUUUAUACAUUUACACUCAUCAGCCGGUCAGAAAUUAUGAAGCUAGCCGUUGAUCUCUUUGGAAGAAACAAAAUCUCUCAGAAAUACAGCGACAGAAGUUGCAGCACAGGUGUUUAUGUUGGAACCGGGGUAUGGAAUCAUUACUUUUGAAGAGCUUUCGGGGCAUCUGCAUAUUGUAUGUCUGCUUUGAGCAUUAUCACAACCUAACUUUUAUUGUCCUUCAUUAAUUUUUUUUGUAAUUUAAUUUUAAAACAGUUCAAUAUAAGGUCAUACCUCAUGCAUGCUCUCAUUGCCAAUGCAAUCUAAUGAUGUCGAGUUGAAAGUGUCUGAUAGAGUUGAGAUACGUGGCUGGCGUCCUGGUGAAAGGUGACUGGCGCGGAAGGAGAGGGACUCCCCUGGCAUUAACCCUAAAGAAGGCAAAGCUGACAAGUCCUGAAUGCCCUUUUUUUGGUAUUGUAAGCUCAGUUCAGCACGGAGGAUCUGACUCUAUACAGUCUUACUUUGUUGGAAAAGAGAAGGUGGCGACAUGUAUGUUCAGAGCGUUUCACAUUAGAGAAGAGGAACAAAAGACAGUGCUUUGAUCAAAGGAAAUCAAGAAAAGAUUAUUUUAAUACAGGGUUUUAUGUUGAGAGAGGUGUUGUAAUUUUUAGCUAUUUUUGGUAUGAAGAUAUAUAUUAGGUACUACAGUGGAUUUUACUGCUAGAUUUCGGCGGUGGAGGAGGACAGUGUGCACAGAUAUUGGGGGGCACUUUUGGUCAGUGUGCACUGUUUUUGGUGCUUUUUUUUUUCCACCUACACCCCCCCCCCAAUCCUCUCCCCAUCCCACAGUACACACUCAAGCCUCUUUAACGGCCUGUGUCAGUACAUACACUCAUUUGAUCUACCUAUCCUCACCAUCACCUUCUCAUCAUUUCAACUUGAGGUGGAAUGUUGAAGUAUUGUCACAAGUGCUACCAAAAUGAAUGCAAUGUGUGGUGCCUGAUUUAUUUUUUUUUGUAACCUCGGUACAUUUUUUGCAACUUCUUGAGGUAAAAAAAAAAGAAUGUAGAAGUUGAUGAUUUGUAUCCAUCAUCUGCUCUGCUCCCUGUCGGGUGUUUGAGUACAUUGUUACCAGCUGACAAGCACAUUAGAUUUUCUAUAUCUUCUACUUAGAUAAUCGGGUCUGUAAGUUGCAUUAACUGGCCAUCUCAUCUCUAAAAUGAUGCUGCCUCGUGUAGCUUUUGUACAGUAACUUAUGCAUGUAUUUUAAUGUCAUUGCAAACAUGUUUUUAGAACUGACAGAUGAUCAAAAAUACAGUAUUCAGAGUGUUUCGAUAUGCAAAUAAUAGGUGAAAAUAUUUUCCCCAAAGUAAUUGAUUAAAUUGAUCAGAUAUGGGUCUCUGAGUAUGCAUUUUGUCAAAAAAACAAAAACAACUAAAAGCAGAUUGGCUGCAGUUAAGACGGAUGGUUAUGCCUCUUGUUGGGCUUUGAAAUUGACAAGUUGAUUGUAAGCUUAUGUUAAAUUUUCUUUUUAAAGAAGUGAUUUUGACAACUAGCAGACUUGGGGGAAAAAAAUCAACGAGGACACCAAUAUCGAAAAUCUGAAGGAUCUGAUGAAACAGCGAAGCUACAUACAUAAAAUACUGAAGCCUUAAUGCAAAAUCCUGAAGCUGUGCGUCAGCUUGAUUCGGCAUUACCUCUGCAUGUGACUGCUUCAGAUCUCCUGAUUUUUUUUUUGUUUUUGUUUUGGUUUUCCACCUACAUUUCUACCAGGGCUUGUGCAUGUGUUCGUGUCAUGUCGAAGAGUUGUGUCGAGUGUGAAGAAAACCCAACUUUCUGAGAGUUAAGAGGAAAUGUUUUGGGUGAUGAUGGUAAAUGUCUGUGCUUGCGGGCCAGGGCAGCAACAUUUCUCCGGCUGCUGGAUGUUGCUUAUUCGAUCCACAGAGCAACUUCAGUCUGGUGACGUGAAAGUUGAGUUGGACAGGUGUUGAAAGCCUUCCAUCAGCCUUUGGCCCACAAGAACAGAAAGGACUCAUUUUCUGAGGAGAGACUGAGUGACUGACUGAGAAGAAUAAAAAAAAAAAAAAGUGUAAAUAAAGAGCAGCCGGUUUAGAUGUCUCUAAAAGAGGCCAUAACAGUACACCAGAUUUUUACUUGUCAGAGUAUCUCCUAAAUGUUAUGGAAAAACAAGAUGAGAUAGAUGUUAAAUUGUAAGAGAAAAAUGUAUAUUAAACAACAUUUCUUAGUCUUGUUGAAAUAAAGACUGCCAAUAUUUAAA